AUUUCAUGGGUGACUUCAAUCUACCACGACCACGACAGCCUCGUUUUCGGGCCUUUCCGAUUUCACCAUGUUUAUGGGGCUUUCCAUUUAUGUCUUCAAUCUAAACUUAUGGUCAAUUUCUUUCCGCCAGGUUGUUCCCCCAUUCACUUGAUCUUCGGCGAUUGAUUGGUGUUGCCCAGCCGUGUUCAUUGGUUUCUUUUGUUUUCUCUUUCCGUCUAGCAUUUCCUAAAUAGGGUUUGUUCGGACAACAUUCAACUAAGAUCAUAAAAGGAAACGAACCCCGCUGAUUUUGGGGUUCUACACCAGUUCUUCAUGUUUCCUAUUGCGAUGUAUUGCUUAUUCUGAAAUUUGGUGAUUCCUAAACCCUGUCUUUCACAUUCAUUCGAUCUCCUGGUUAUUGCGGUAUGCGCUCUUGCUUGUAUAUAGAUUUUUGUUAUUGCAUUGUAUUGAUACACGUACGGAUGCUGGGCUGAACAUUUGGUGGGUCAGAUGAAUUGGUGUGUGUAAUUUAUGGUUGUUGUAGAGUACGUUUGAGCCUCUUGUUAGGUAAUUUGUUUUUGUAGAUGAAGAAGCUUAAGACAGAACCUCCUGUUGCGAGGAGGUUCAGGUUGUCGCAUUUUCUUCUCGUAAUUGGAUUGUUGUAUUUAGUUUUCAUAUCGUUUAAGUUUCCACGUUUUUUGGGAAUUGCUACAACGUUGAGUGGGGAUGAAAGUAAUAUUGGGUUGGAUGGGACAGUCGGAGUGGAUGGGGAAGGGGUGGAUUUUAGCAAAGCAUCGUUGGCUUCCGUUUAUAAGGAUACAUUUCAUCGGAAAUUGGAAGAUAACCAGCACUUAGAAGCACCAUUGAUGCCUAAAACAGAGCCACUCGAAGAGGUGAAUAAUGUUACCGGACCUAUUAAGCCGAUUCAGCAUAAAUAUGGUCGGAUUACUGGUAAAGUUUCGAUUCAGCAGAAUCAUACUAACGACUUUUCCAUCCUCGAGAGAAUGGCAGAUGAAGCUUGGACAUUAGGCUCGAAGGCUUGGGAAGAAGUGGAUAAAUUUGGAUUAAAUGAGACUACUGAAAGUUCUAUGCUCGAGGGAAAGCCUGAGUCGUGUCCUUCAUGGAUAUCUACGGAAGGGAAGGAACUGUUGGAGGGAGAUGGAAUCAUGUUCCUUCCUUGUGGGCUUGCUGCAGGUUCAUCUAUUACAAUAAUUGGAACCCCGCAUCACGCUCAUGUGGAGUAUGUACCCCAACUUUUGAAGCUGGGAGGUGAUCCUACGGUUUUGGUUUCACAGUUCAUGGUUGAAUUGCAAGGAUUGAAAUCAGUUGAUGGUGAAGACCCACCAAAGAUCCUUCACUUGAAUCCACGACUGAAAGGCGAUUGGAGUAAACGGCCGGUCAUUGAACAUAAUACAUGUUACAGGAUGCAGUGGGGAACGGCUCAAAGGUGUGAUGGUUUGCCAUCAAGUAGCGACGAUGAAAUGCUUGUUGAUGGAAAUCUUCGUUGUGAUAAAUGGCUGAGGAGUGAUAUUGAAGACUCAAAAGAAACAAAAACAUCCUCAUGGUUCAAGAGAUUCAUAGGGAGGGAGCAGAAGCCAGAAGUAACCUGGCCAUUUCCCUUUGUGGAGGGUAGAUUGUUUAUCCUCACACUACGUGCAGGCGUUGAUGGAUACCAUAUUAAUGUUGGGGGUCGGCACUUGACUUCUUUUGCCUAUCGCCCUGGAUUUACGCUUGAAGAUGCAACUGGAUUAGCUGUAAAAGGAGAUGUAGACAUUCAUUCUACAUAUGCUACAUCUCUUCCUACCUCUCAUCCAAGCUUCUCUCCCCAUCGAGUUCUUGAGAUGUCAGAGAAAUGGAAAUCUCAGCCUUUACCAAAGAAAUCGGUCUAUCUUUUUAUUGGUGUUCUAUCUGCUACUAAUCACUUUGCGGAGCGCAUGGCUGUUAGGAAAACUUGGAUGCAAUCUUCAGCUGUGAAGUCAUCAAAUGUAGUUGUUCGCUUCUUUGUUGCACUGAAUCCGAGGAAUGAGGUCAAUGCUGUGCUGAAGAAGGAAGCCGCAUACUUCGGUGAUAUUGUGAUCCUGCCCUUCAUGGACCGCUAUGAGCUAGUUGUUCUCAAGACUAUUGCUAUAUGUGAGUUUGGGGCUGUGAAUUUGACGGCUUCAUAUGUUAUGAAAUGUGAUGACGACACCUUUGUGAGGGUGGAAACUGUUAUAAAACAGAUUGAAGGCAUUUCAUCCAAGAAGUCCCUGUACAUGGGCAAUCUCAACCUCUUGCAUCGCCCUCUCAGACAUGGAAAAUGGGCAGUCACAUAUUUGGAAUGGCCAGAAGAAGUGUAUCCUCCAUACGCCAAUGGCCCAGGAUAUAUCAUUUCCAUUGACAUUGCCAAAUACAUUGUGGCUCAACAUGAAAGCAGGAGCUUGAGGAUAUUCAAGAUGGAGGAUGUGAGCAUGGGAAUGUGGGUGGAGCAGUUCAACAGUACGGUGGCGAUCGUUCAGUACUCGCACAGCUGGAAAUUCUGCCAGUAUGGGUGCAUGGAGGACUAUUUUACAGCACACUAUCAAUCUCCAAGGCAGAUAAUUUGCCUGUGGGAUAAAUUAACGCAGGGCCAAGCUCACUGUUGCAACUUCAGGUGACAAUUUUCCACGAUUUUUACCCGCUCUAUUUCUACCUGUGUUUAUUGUUCAGUGUUAGCGUUACAAACUGUGAUGCAUGAUAACUGUUAAUUUUUUUUUCUUCUUUUCUUUUUAUGUUUCAUCAACAACAAUUUUCCUGUAUAGAUUAUAAUGUGGAAUGGGAAUUUUGAUAUGAGGUAGCAUGAUUACUCC